AGGUUAGUGGAAGUCAAGAUGUUUCCCACCGAGAUUCAUGGACUCCCCGAAUGGUGCGCACAGACCCUCCGGGGUGCGUGGCCGGGGGCAUGGUUAAGACCCCCUGCAAGGGCACGGGUUUGGGAGAAGCGCACGGAGGGAACGGCAGAGGCGCCUUCCGGUCCGGCGCUGGGGCGCAGAAGGGUGACCCGCGCGGCCCCUCCCCUGCCUUCCUCUUCGGCAUCCCCCCUCUGGAGGAAGUCGAAGCCCCGCGCAGCGCGGCGGUGGAGAGGAGCUCCCAGCUCCCAGUGUGCGCUCCCGCGCGGCCAGCGCUCACCAUGCGGCCGCUCGUCCUGCUGUGGGCCUGCCUCGUGCUCCCAGGUUACGGAACCCUGGUGGGCCCGAAGGAGAUCAGUGGAUUCGUAGGUGACACCGUGUCCCUGCAGUGCACCUACGGCGAGGCGCUGAAGACGCACAGGAAGUACUGGUGCAGGAAGAUCGGGUACCUCAUCGCCCGCUGCUCAGGGACUGUUUUCUCAGGAGGAUAUGGCCAGGACGGCAGGGUGUCCGUCCACGACAGCCCCCGGGAGCUCAGGUUCAAGGUGAUCCUGAGGAACCUCACCCUGGAGGACGAGGGGCAAUACUUCUGCGGGAUCCAAAGGCUGGGCCUCGAUGAUAGUUUCUCGGUCUCUCUGCACAUCUUCCCAGGGGCCUCUGCAUUUGCAAGGAGCACUCCUCACCCAGCAACCUCUCCAUACGCAGGGACCACUCCUCACCCAGCAACUUCUCCUCCUGCAGGGAUCUCCCGCCCAACCACACAGCUGGACUCCACCUCAGCAAAGGACACCAGCUUGGUCCGCAGAAGCAGCACCGUCAAGUCUGGGACAUCCAUCCCCAUGACCCGCAUCUUGGCCCCCGUCCUGGUGCUGCUGGCCCUUCUGCUGGCCACAGGCCUGGCCGCCCUCGGCAGCUGGGUGCUGCAGCGGAGGAAGGAAGCUCAACUGACGGCAGAGACAGAGAGGAAGGAGAAGCUCCAGCUCUCCCACUCGGCUUCAGAGGAAGACGGAGCCUGUUUGCGGGACCCUGAGGGAGACGUGACCCCAGGCCCUCCUCUCCCCGUGUCCGGGGAGGGGCCGGGCCUUUCAGAAUUCAUCUCAGGGUAGCCGAAGGUCGUCUGCCCACCGUGAAUCUGAAGGGUUGAAUUUGCACUAAUUCCGAUAAGCUUUCUGCUACAGCUUCACGGUUCACCUGCCAGCCUCCAGGCCUCUCCCCCACCUCCCCAAACUCUCCUCCUGCAGGUCCCCAGCCUGACCUGGGAGACCGUUAGCCCUGGAGCCUGGAGGGGUGGCCUCACAGUUCCGGCUGGAGGCUGGGACCGCCCAGAGAUGGUCACAGCCCUGGGCAGGGCGCGCAGCCCCUGGACCCUCCCCGGGGCCAGGCAGGGCUCAGGGAAUCUGGUCUGAGUUUGCAUCUGCUAUGGCAACUCCCCUGGGCCGGGGUGCUUGGGAACAGUCCCCACCACCCCACCUGGCCCCCAGACCCCAUUUUCUCCCCCCUUCCUUCCAUCCUCAGACUCAGGGCUAAGUUCUACAUAAGCCAGUGGGGAGGUAGGAGUUUGCUGCAUUAGACCUGAUUCUGAUCUCUCGAAGCUGGGCUCUGAGCUACCUGCAUCCCAGUCCUUCAGGAAGCUGGGCUCCACGAGAACUACUAAAACCAGAGUCCCUCUUGUGGCUCAGUGGCUUAAGAUCCCCACAUAGUGUCCGUGAGGAUCGAUCCCUGGCCUCCCUUAAGGAUCCAGCUUUGCCACAAGCUGUGGCUUAGGUCACAGAUACAGCUUGGAUCUGGGGUGGCUGUGGCUGUGGUGGAGGCCAGCAGCUGCAGUUUGCCUCCUAGCCAGGAAAUUUCCAUAUGCCACAGGUGAGGCCCUAAAAAAGAAAAAAAGAAAAAAAAAUACUUACCAAAAUCAUCUCUGAGGCUGGGCCCAAGACUCUGCAUUUCUAACAAGUGCCCUGGCGAUCCUGACCCUAACACUGGAAUUCGAGCACCAGAGGGUCUGUCGAGCAUCCAGGUCUCUCCAGCUUAGAGAGUUCGGUGUGUGGCGUCUCCCCGGGGCCCCCGGUAGGGCCUGCUCUGCCCAUGACACAGGGACCCCCAUCCUGGCCCAGGUCAAGUGCACUUUGGAAGGGGUGAGCCAGGACUGGCAGGGAACAGGUUGUCUUUCUUUUUUUUUUUUAAUUAAGAUUUUUAUUUUUUUUUCUUUUGUGGUUGAUUUACAAUGUUCUGUCAAUUUCUGCUGUACAGCAAAGUGACCCAGUCACAUAUAUAUAUUCUCACAUUAUCCUCCAUCAUGUUCCAUCUCAAGUGACCAGAUACGGUUCCCUGUGCUCUACAGCAGGAUGGGUUGCCUUUCUGAUCUCCCUACCAGCCAUGCAUUCCAGGCUUUGUGUUUCCUUUUGUUUUCUCACUGCACCCACGGCCUGUGGAAGUUCCCAGGCCUGGGAUCAAACCCAUGCCACAGCAGUGACCUGAGCUGUAGUAGGGACAACGCCAAGACCCUUAAUCCUCUGCACCACAAGAAAACUCCGCAUUCCAGGCUUUGGAAGGAGGAUGGGGAAAACCUUGGCUCCUUCCUUGUCAAGAAAGGGUUGAUUGCAGUGGGGAGGGGGUGCAAAAACACAGGGUGCAGAUAGAGGCGGGUGUCUAAAAGGGAGGCGGGAGGGGACAGGGCAGGACCCUCAGGGGAACCUGCAGGUGACCCAGAGUUUGGUCCCCUGGAGCAGGGGUGGGAGAGGUAGAAUAACAAUGGAACUUCUGUGGGGGAGUUCCCGUCGUAGCGCAGUGGUUAACGAAUCCGACUAGGAAGCAUGAGGUUGCGGGUUCGGUCCCUGCCCUUGCU